GUCAGCCAAAAUUCCUGCCGGGGACUGCUGCAAUGCAGCACACCACACCCCCGCCGGCACUGAGCCCCAGCCUGGACAGCCGGUGCUGCUCAGCUCCAGCCCUGCGCUGCCAUAGGCUUCCCUCCUCCUCUUCCCAAAGAGCCUGAUGAUUUCAGGUUGCUUGGCGUUAUCUCCCGCGGGCAGUUGGCGUCCGCAGCGUGUGUCAGAGCAGCCUGGCGCACGGUCGGUUUCUCAACGUGCUGCCUGCAGAACGCGCUGGCUCCCCGAAGGGAUCGGCUGCGGUUUCAUAUUUCAUUUCCCUCACACGCUACACCCGAAUUCCAGACGCUUUCUGGUUUCGCUGCUGCAUGGACUUAGAGCAUAGGUCCUUUGCCGUACCCAGCGGAGGCAGACGGGGCUUCCCUCAGCGCCGGGGAGUGGACCAUGAAGACGUCAAUUGUAUUUUUGCUUUGCAUCUCAGUUUUCCCAGGCUUUUCCCAGGGCAGAGUUGUUAGAGAGGAUGAAACUGGUUUUGCUGAGUGUAAUGUGUUCUUCCCUGGACAAGUCCCACCCGAAGGAUUUACGGAGCCGUUCCAUGUGAAAAUCUGUCAGCAGUACAACAAAGAGCCACGCUUUGCAACCCUCUACAGUACUAAGGACAAAAUCCCCCUUUAUUCAGCUUUUAAGUUUACAAAGCCAGCCCAAAGCGAGGAGGAGAACUGGCUGGUUGAACCGCAGAUAGAUGAUCCAGAAAAUGACUUGCAUGAGAUGGUGCAUGAAGCUGAUAUCACUGGCACUGUGGCCAACCUUGGUGCAAAUCAAGCCCUGACCUCAGACUAUGUGGGCUCUGGCUAUGAGAGAGGGCUGCUCAAUCCCAGCUUGCUUCAUGAUGAGGAUUUCCAGAUGGCCACUUACACACUCACGAAUUCCGUCCCUCUAAGCCCAGCUCUGAGCAAAAACUGGCACAGAGACAUCAGGAAGGUAGUGGAGCAAGCUCUGAUCCCUCACUGCUCCAAGAAGGAUCAUCUGUAUCUCCUCGCGGGUGCAAUUCCUUCCAGUGUCCGAGUUAAAGGCAAGGUGUCAGUGCCAGAGAGCCUAUGGCUGGCAGCCUGCUGUGAUGCUCCAGAGGGAUGGUCCCUGGGACUAGUGAAAAAGGUUAAUGAUGAAAACAGCCUGGCAGACCUCACGGUGGGAGAGCUGGAGAAGCAGCUUCCAGCAGAAGUUCACUUGUUCAAGGGCGACUGUGGGAAAGACAAACAAAAACAGGAGAAAAGAGAAGCAGUAUUGCAAGCUGUCAGUCAGAUCCGCUCUGGGGAGCAAGUAGAAACAACUGACAACCAGGAGACCAAAGACAGUGGCUGGGUGAGAAAAGUGGCUGGCAUCAUUGCUACCCCUUUCAUCAAACUUCUGGAACUCCUCAUCUACGUCUUUGUGGAGCUGGUGAAAUUUGUGUUUUAUUUUCUGUGGCUUGUUGUCAAGCGAGUUUGUGGUACAGUUCUGGAUGGACUCUACAGCUUGUGGUGUGGGUUGGUGUCCUACCUAAAAGCCAUCAGCAUGGUGCUCAUAAGCAUUCCUUAUGAUCUGGGGAGGGUCAUCGUCAACAUCUUCCUGGGCUUUCUGCAAAUUGUUCAAGAUGUGGUGUCCCUCACCUACAGGAUCCUGAGCAUCCCAGUGGGGUUUGUCCUUCACCUAGCUGCUUUCCCCUACUACUCCAUCUGUGCCAUUCCAUCUGUCCUUAAAGACAUAGCCACCGGGAUUGGGGGCACCUUCUCUCUGGUCAUCAAUGCCACAGUCGCAGUUCUGCAUGGCUUUUAUUACCUGGCUGCUCACAUAGUCAAACGAUUUGUCCCUAAAGGCUCCUCUGAUGACUGAUAAGGAUGGAAACCAAGGCUGCAAAUACACGGAGUGAAGGAGUAGUGGGGCAAUGCUUUAAGAUAUGUGGACAAAUGCUGUCAAUUUUGUUCUGGUAUUUAUUGUAGUGACAUUAUGAACUGACUGGGGAAUAACAGGGAGGGCCGAGGCAAUGUCUCUGGGGGCCACCACCAUUGUAACUCAAAUUCUGCCUGUUGUAAAAUGUUUGGGUUUUACUGGUGCAGGCAACAAAGUUUCUGUGACUUGCAGGUGUCAAGAUGCUUCCUCUGGGAAAUGCUCACUAAAUGUGGUACGAGGUUAUUUCUUUCCAGCUUUGAUGACACUGAGACACAGUGGCAGUGAGCUCUGCAGGAGCCCAUCCCUGCUAAGAAGGUGAUGAUGGUCAGAGAAGGAUUUUAGUUACAGAGGGUUUUCUGGGACUUGAAGAAAAGAGGAGACAAAAGUGAAAGGAUUUGGGGCUGGGAAACAGCAGGGAGCAAGGCAGAAUGAGGGCAAGGUCCUGAUGUUGAUUGCAUUGCUCAUUGCACUGGGGUCCCAUUGGUGGAGGGAGUGCAAUUGGGUGCAUCUCAUGGUCCUCAGGCCUUUCCAGACAUCUGAAAUGAAGUGGAUCUUGCUGCAAGGAAAGACCCAUUGCCCAUUUUUUCGCAUAGUGGGAAAGCAUUUUCCCUUAGCCAUACCAAGGCCAUCUUCCCCCAACCCUUCCUUGCUCUCUUGGUGACCACUGAAGGUGUAAUCCUUGAAGCUUCAAGAUGUGAUGUUCUCUGAAGGUCUAAGCCCCUGAAUGUUUGAGCGUGGAAGCCCUUGUGCCUGCUCCAAAGCUCAGCGGCAUCCAGAAAUCGCACUUUUGGCUUCAAAUCUGUUGCCACCUGUCUUGCCUCCGUUGAGAGCUGACUGCUCCUGAAGCACACAGGGGACUACAGACUGUCAGGUGGGAGGAGAGGCAGGAGGGGGUCCUGGAGUGCAGCACGUGUUUUGCUGUGUAAACACCUGCCGAGUGAGCCCACGCACAAGCAGAUAUCUUAAUAUCGGAGGCAGAACCAACCCUUCUUCUGCAUUGCUCAUCAUCUCACUCUUCACCCCUUCUCCCUGACAGCAUGAGCCAUGUUCCCUGACAUCUGGGAUACUGGAGCUGGCGCACACGCAGGGGAUUUGCAGGGGACCAUCAGGGGUUUGCAGCCACAUGAGGGGCACAGGGACAUUUGCUGCUGCUGGAGGAGGGCACAGGGUUGCUGUGCAGUUGGUGCAGUUGCCUGCAGGAGGGAGGCUCUAUGUCUCAGCAGUAUUUACUUUUGCUAAACUCCAAGAGGCAUUUGGGAGUCCUACAUACAUGGAUCUUUCCCUUCAUUUCCAUCUCUGUCCCUCCCUUCAGGACCAUGUUGGUGUGGACCUCUGAUCUGCCAUAGCAUCCCAUAAUGAGUCCUGGGAGUGAGCAAGCAGGUGAUGCCAUCCCAUAGGAGACUCAGUGGUGCUCUGUUGGUAGUGGCCAGUCCUGGGUUGAAGAAAACCCAGUUACUAACACGACAGCUUUGCCCGUGUCAUGCUGCCUGCAGCAAGGCUGAGCUGGGAGUAGUUGGAUUAAAAGGGAAAAGGAGAUUUACCUGGUUCAUGAUGGGACAGAGAGUUGUUUCCUUAGCUCAGGGGCUGUGUCCAAGGCAAGCAGAUGUGUGUGCAUGUCCCAGAUCAGCACACCCUGACCAGGUGGCACCCUGUGCAGCAGUGGUGCAAAUGGCAAAGUUGGCGGUGCCAAUAAUGGGGAUGAAGUAGGAAGGCUGUAGGAUUAGUGGUAAAAAAGGAUGACUCCUUGUCUCACCCUUCGUGGGGCACAGCUGGUUUAUGGAGAAAGAGAGGCCAUCUGCAAUCAGUGCUGGCUUUGUUCAAGAGGAAAGGCGGCUUUUGUAUGGCAAUAUGGCUAUAGUGGGUAGAGUCAGCAGUGUUUUACUUCAGGGAUUUUGGGUGCAAAGGGCGAGGUCCAGGUUGCUGGAUGCAGGUCCACAGCCUGCUAAUGCUCUCCAAACUAUACUUUGCAUCUGUGUCCACUCAAAUAUGCCUUUUCUGCUGCUGAGACAGGUGCGGAGCUGGUUUCCCACUCCUUCACAAGACCCUGUCUCAACUCCACGACUCCACUUGGGCUGCAUGGCAACUGUCAAGGCAGGAAAGCAUCCAGCUCAGGUCCCAGGAGAUGCCAGAGUGGGGUGACCGGGGCCCCAGCCUGGGAGACCCAGGAUCCCCAGCAGCUUCUGAAGGCAUGUGUUGUGGCAGUAGCUCUCAAAUGCAACCCAAGCACGGGAGGAGGAGCUGCCCCCCACAGCUGCCUGUCUUGUGCCUUCUGUUUGGCCUUGUCUCUGACCCAUCUUAGCUAUGAAGUCUUGCUCAGUGGCCAGGGAUGCACUUCUUGGGGUUUCUUCACACAGAGCAGCCUCCCUACACCUUAACGCAGCAAGCCCUGCAUCCCAGCUCCACUGGCAUCUCCAGUGCAGUGCCCAGUCACAGUGAUAUUGGAGCUCAUGUGCUCACAGAGACAGCAAAGCUGGGGAACCUCAAGAGGUCUGGAUUGUUGUAUCCCCAUCACAGUGGCUCCCCAGCCUAGCUCGGGUCAGGCCCCCAGGUCUCUGCUGUAUCUAUGACUUCUGACUGCAAGUGGACAGUCCCUGAAAUCUAAGGCACUGCAGCUCUGUAGGAUUUGGGCAGAUGUGUAACAGUGUUAUUAAAGUUGUCUUCACACACUUAGAUUUCAAACACUAAGAACUGUAACUGUCAUGGGGCAUUUUUCUUCCUGGCUACAUAUCUGGGCAGGUGAUGGGAAAUCUGCCUCAAAUGCUGAGCAAUUAUCACAGAACAAGCAACAUCCUGCUACAAAAUGCUGUUUGAGAUUAUUCUUAUCUAGGCAUGAUUUAUGGUUCCAGAGCUUUACUCUAUCCUUGGAAACAUGUGGUUUCAACAAAAUAAAAUGACUUUUCCAAA